UGUGGACUUUGGCUUACACAAAGAAGCUAGAUUGCAAAGUGAAUUUAACUUUUUUUUUCAUAUCAUCGUUUAGCACUGCAACACUCUCCACUCCACAGUAACAGAUGACAGGUAUUAAACUGACAGUCUCCUGCGGUUCAAAUGCGAUUGGUGAGAAUGUGAUUAUCUCCAUAUCGUGAAAAAGAAAGAUAACACAGCAUACAAAGGAAUGCAGACAACUUUUGAAGCUAGUUUCUUUUACUUUUGGGAAUGGCAAGCCUUUGGACAAUCUGGUGUAUACUCGUCUCCUUCAUCUGUUCUGCAAAAUCUAUUUGCCCCGAUCGAUGCGACUGCCAGCACUCUCAACACCUACUGUGCACAAACAGGGGGCUGCGGACAAUGCCCAAAGCUACCAUCCAGAAUCCCGAAGAAAUCCUCAUCUACAGCCUCGGAGGUAAUUUUAUUAGUAAUAUCUCUGCUUUUGAUUUCACCCUCUUCAGCCAGUUGAUAAGACUGGACUUGCAGUACAAUCAAAUCCAGUCAAUCCACCCAAAAACGUUUGAAAAACUUUACAGAUUGGAGGAGCUUUAUUUGGGAAAUAACUUGAUACCUAACAUUUCCUCCGGCACUUUAAUUUCUCUGAAGAAGUUAAGAAUUUUAUAUGUUAACAGUAACGAGAUAAAGAGACUAACCGAGGACUCGUUUGCGAACCUGGACAGCCUAAUCAAACUGAGGUUAGAUAGCAACUCGAUAGAAUUCUUGCAGGAUGCACUUUUUAACGGGUUGGCUAAUUUACUUUACCUCCAAUUAGAAUCCAAUAAAAUAAGAUACAUUCAUAAGCACGCCUUUGCAAAUUUGGGAAAACUACGAUUUCUGAAUCUCUCCGGUAACAAGCAAACAACGCUUCGAAAUGUGUUCACUUUUAGUCAACUAAACUCGCUAACCAAUUUGAUACUUUCCGAAAAUGAAAUUUACCAUGUUGGAAAUCGUGUCUUUCAAAACCUUCAAAAGCUCUCUAAACUUUCCCUGAACAAUAAUAAGAUAUCUCACCUGGGUACCGAAGCUUUCAAAGGACUGUCUGGUUUAAAGGAAUUGCUGAUAGGCGGAAAUCUACUCACAGACAUCCCAUUGGGACUGCUUGAUCCACUGGAAAAAAUAGAGGAACUGGACUUUAGUAGUAAUCUAAUCUCUUAUGUCCGCCCUAAUGCAUUUAAAGAGUUAAAAUUUUUAAAAGUUGUAAAGCUGAGCAAUAAUGAACUGACAUCCCUUUCUGGUGAGAUGUUUGCAUUUAACCAUGUUCUUUAUAGCCUGGAUUUAAACAAAAAUAACUGGACCUGUGACUGUAGACUUCGUGGUUUUAAACAAUGGAUCAAUGUAGCACAUGCUCAUGGCAAACUCCUGACAGUAUUUGUCCAGUGCCAUCAUCCUCCUGUUCUGAAAGGGAAGUAUUUGGACUAUUUAAACAGUUCACAGCUGCAGUCAACAGGUAAUGACUCUGAGGCAUGUUUAUUUUCACAGUCAGAGUCAAUACACCGCCUGACCCCCCGUGUUAAAGACAGACAGAAAUCUGCAGAGCAGCAAAACAUACAAGCAGACCAAGGAGGUCCUGGGGAAGCAGACAAAGGGACUGCAGAAAAAACUAAAAGAAAAAAGGAGGCGGUCAACCACAGAGCACGUCAUCCAACAACCACAGGGUCAGCUCCGGUGAAGGAUGCAGCAGCUGCUGGAAUACCUGAAAGGGCAAGGUCAGUUGGAAACUCUGGUGGUAAAAACUUGACCAUUAAGACCACAGAAGGGGGUCCACUGGUUUCCUUUUCCAAACCAACAUCACACCCUGUCCAAGCUAAAGCUGAGAAGUUCCACUUACUUCAGCGAGAUCACAGGAGACUUCCAGUGGUGACAGACCCAUGCGAAUUCAACAGACACUUCAUCCUUAAUAUCACUGCAGAGAAAGUGGAGUCCACGGCAGCCACCAUUCGGUGGAAGGUUUUGGAUCACCAAGGCCCAAAGCAUUCACAAGUACAUUUCAGAAUCCUUUUUGAUAGGUUUGGCCAGCCUGAGAGGUUUCAUCGGUUUAUUUACAUCCGAGACCAGUCAAACUCAGUCACUCUGCAGGAGCUGAAAGAGGACACCACCUACAUGGUUUGCAUUGAGAGUGUAAUUGCAGAGCAGGUGUGCCAGGUUGCCUCCAGGGACCACUGUACAGGGGUGGUGACUGUUCCUGUGGAGAAAAGGGCAGUUGAUUUCCAACUGUUAAUUGUAAUCAUGCUGGGCGUCAACGCUCUGCUUGUGUUUUUGGUGUUGUCAGUGUGGAUAUCAAGGUUACUGAGGAAAAGGCUCAAACGAAGGAAGUCUGCGGUACAUGUCAGACAAAUGUACUCAACAAGGCGGCCCCUGCGCUCCCUGGGCACUGGGGUGUCUUCUGAUUUCACUGGGUUCCAGUCAAAUCGCCCUCGAAAUACAAUGUGUGCCAUUGAUGAGGCAGACCUCAUUGAGUUUCCCUGUGACCGAUUUCUUGACAGCAAUAUCAGAAGAGAAGAGGCAAUGCAAAGAUUCUCUAAUUAGGCUUCAGGACAAAGGCCCUGCUUGUGUCUUUCCUCAGUCCUGUUUGAUGUCUGAAUAACAGUAUUGUUGAUGUACUCCAAAUCAGGCUUCAGUCAAAUAUUUACGUUUGGCUUUUCUAUGUUAUUAGGCCCUAUUCUUAAACCCUUCAGGACUGUUUUUUUUU